UGAAACCCUAGUUCUGUCUGUUUAUGUGGGUUCCUUAAUGGCGGUUUUUUAUCUUCAGAAUUCCCGUAAUUUGACUCUGCAGUUGUUCCGUUUCUCUCAACACUAACAGCUGAGGGUUGUAAAAUGGAGUUUCUGUUGCUACAAAGCUUCAGAGUUCAGAUCUGAUAGUUUAAACGGAGGGAGUUAUCAAUGUGGCUUGCUUUCUUGAACUUUUUGAGUUGAAAAUUGGAAAUCUCAACUCUGCUUUUAUCUUUGUCUGCAUCUCUUCUUCUUUGAGCUUUGACUCCUUUAGUCCUGAAGAUUAUUUUUUUUAUAAUUUCUCUGUUCGUGGGUGAGAUGGUGGUGGUGGUCGAGACUUGAAACUUUGGGAAUUCUUGUUGCUGGUGGAGGACGAGCUAGGAAUUAGCCUUUUUCUACUUUGCUUUCUCGUGUUCUGUCCCUGUUUGCGGAAAGCUUUUGGAGUUGAAACUCUGAGAGAGUAAGGAAGAGGCGUGUCCGUACAAAUGCAGGUGCUUGGGAGCCCUACCAGUGUCCAUGCGGACACCACUUGCAGUUCUUUACUCAGAGAACUUCAGCACAUAUGGAAUGAGAUUGGUGAAAAUGAACUGGAGAAGGACCGCAUGCUGUUGGAGCUUGAAAGGGAGUGCCUACAAGUGUACCGGAGAAAGGUUGAUGCAGCUAGCAGUGACAGGGCACGCCUCCAUCAGUCAGUUGCAGCCAAAGAAGCAGAGCUUGCAGCGCUUUCCGCUGUUCUUGGGGAGCUUACUUUUAACACCGAGACACAAAAUGACAAGCGUUUUGCAACACUGAAAGAGAAACUUGCAUCAGUCUCACCACUGGUAGAAGAUUUGAAAAUGAAGAAAGAGGAACGCAUUAAGCAAUUUGCUGAUGUAAAGGCACAGAUUGAGAAGAUCAGUGGAGAGAUUUCAGGAUAUAGUCAAAUCAAUGGUGCUGUAACCAAUUGCUUAAAUAUGGAAGAACAGGACUUGUCAUUAAGAAAGCUUACUGACUAUCAGACACAUCUCCAUAACUUGCAGAAGGAGAAGGCUGGUCGCCUUAAUAAAGUUCUGGAAUAUGUAAAUGAGGUGCAUUCUUUAUGUGGUGUGCUUGGACUGGAUUUUGGGAAGACUGUGAGUGAAGUGCAUCCAAGCUUAGAUGAGACAGGUCCUGAACAAUCCAGAAACAUCAGCAACAAAACUUUGGAAGGUCUAGAGCAGGUCAUCGUUAAAUUGAAAGCAGAAAAAAAAGCUCGCGUUCAGAAGUUGAAAGACGUUGUGGGAUCAUUGUUUGAACUUUGGAAUUUGAUGGACUCGCCUGAAGAAGAGAGGAGCCACUUUAGAAGCAUUACUUUCAUCCUUAGAUCAUCGGAACCAGAAAUUAUAGAACCUGGGGUUCUCUCCCUUGAUAUUAUCAAGCAGGCGACAGCUGAGGUUGAGAGAUUGACUAAACUGAAAGCCAGUAGAAUGAAAGAACUGGUCCUGAAGAAGAGGUCCGAGUUGGAGGACAUAUGCAGAAAAGCACAUAUUGAACCUGACAUGAGCACAUCUGCUGAAAAAGCUAAUGCAUUGAUUGACUCAGGUCUUGUGGAUCCCUCUGAACUUCUAGCAAGUAUUGAGGCACAGAUAACUAAGGUAAAAGAUGAAGCUGCAAGUCGAAAAGAAAUUAUGGACAGAAUAGACAGAUGGCUUGCUGCCUGUGAAGAGGAAAAUUGGCUUGAAGAUUACAACCAGGAUGAGAACAGAUAUAGUGCAGGAAGAGGUGCUCAUAUAAGCCUAAAACGUGCAGAAAAAGCUCGAAUUACUAUAACCAAGAUUCCAGCUAUGGUUGAGAAUCUGAUAAACAAAACACUAGCCUGGGAAGGUGAACGAAAGAUGACAUUUCUUUAUGAUGGGGUCCGAUUGGUCUCAUUCUUGGAAGAUUAUAAACUAACCAGACAAUCGAGAGAGGAGGAGAAGAAGAGAUACCGGGAUCAGAAGAAGCUACAAGAUCUGCUCCUUACAGAGAAGGAGGCCAUGUACGGUUCUAAGCCUAGCCCAAAAAGAUGUAACAGCUUUAGGAAACCAAAUGGUUAUCGUGCAAAUGGAAAUGGGUCAAUGACUCCCACGCCACGCAGGAACUCAGUUGGGUGUGCAACGCCUGAACUAAUGACACCACGGUCUCACUCUGGGCGCCAAAAUGGAUAUUUUAGAGAAACAAGAAGGUUGUCCACUGCGCCAUUGAAUUUUGUGGCCAUUUCAAAAGAAGAUACAAUGUCGUAUGCAUCUACAUCUGUUUUUGGGUCAGAACCAGGGUCUCCUCCUCAAUGUUAAAACCUUGAGUCCAAAUUGGAUUGAACCAUCCAUGAGUUACUGAAUGCUGGAUUGAAGCAGCGGAAAACCUUGUGAAUAAGAAAGGAAUGUACACUAGUGUUUGAUUGUGAUUUAUGCGAGGAUAACUGUAGUGUGGAACUACAAGUUAACUUUUAAUUCGUGUCUAUCAAAGUAGGGGCUAAAGGUGGAAAUGGUAUAGUACUGACCAUGUAGUUUUGAGGGUUUGUUUGUGUUUCCCAUGUACUGACCAGCAUAUUUAUUUUGUGGGUUUGCUUGUGUUUCACUUAUACAUGUAUAUUUGUACUAGUGUGU